CGCCGAAUCGCCUGCGUCAUGCGUUGCUAGGAUACAGAGACGCACAUGGGUAGAACUAACAGAAAAUGCUACAGCAAGGUCUGAGUGAGGGAAAGGAUGAGGCUGGACCGUCUGUUGAGGCUGAAAAUCCUGAGGCCAGAAUCGAGGCUCGUCGAAACCGCACUGCUGCCCGAGUCCAGGCCCGGAGACGACAAGAGCUUGGAGAUGACUCCCAGGAGAAGGAGGAAACUAAAGAGGAAGAACGGCCAAGCCAGAGACAAAUGGAGCAAAGUGAAAGACACAUGAGUAAAUUAAAAGCAGAGGGCACAGAGCUGUUGACAAACAUUCUGGUGGCGGCUGAUGCCAGGGAGUCGAAGAGGAGAGAAGAACUAAGGGAGGCAAACAGACUAAGAUUGGAGAAGCUGGAAAAUGAGGCCAAGUCCAGCACAGAGAAGUUCAAUAAGAUCAUGAACAAGUGGACUGAGGCCAAGUCGAAGGUGGUCCAUCAGGAGCUGAGAGAUGAUCUGAGAAAACAGCAGCAGCUUUGUUGGCAAAUCAUUGAAGACAAGAACAAGCUCAUCAGUGAAUUGCAGCAGGAGCUAAAAGGAAGUGAUGAUCGUUUUGUGAAAGAUCGCAAAAGGGAGGCAGAAGAAGUGGAUCUCCUAAUUGAAAGGAUGCAGGAACAGAUAUCAAGUCUGAAGAAAGACUAUAGAAAAGAGCUGGACCUAACUGAGAGCUCGUUCAGUGAUGAGUGGAAGGAUUUGAUCACAGCCAACAAGAACCAGUGGGAGCAGCAGAGGAAGGAACGAAGAGACAAAGAGCUGGAGUACUUGCUGCAGAGGAUGAAGAUGUUGGAGGAGCAUGAGGCCCUGCUGGAUCGUCUGAGAGUGGAGAGCGCAGAGGAGUACAACAAGAUCAAAAUCAAACUAGAGACUGAUGUACAGUGCCUGGAGCAAGACCUGCAGGAAAGGAAGGCUACCUACCAGCUUAAUCAGGAGAAGCUCGAGUACAACGUGCAAAUGCUGAAGAAAUAUGAGGAAGAGUAUGCCGUGACUAAGGCUCAGCAGAUAAGGAAGAUCACCAGACUGCAGGAUAUGCGCAACAAUCUGAAGAAAAAAUGUGCCAUUCAGGAAAAGCAGUCCUGUGAGGAGGUCCAGUCAUUGACUAAUAAGUAUAAGCGCCUCAUGCAGCAGUACAAAGAUAUUCAGAACAGGAUAAGGCAUUUUGCGGCGGUUGAUGCCAAGCGUUACGAGGAGGUUUGGCUGAUGAAUGAAGAUGAGGCCAAACGUUUGGUGAGCAGGGCUCUGGAGUUGGACCGGGUUGUUCACGAACAGGUGCUGGGCCUGACCUGGAGUCCCCCACCAAUGCCCUUCAUGGAUCAUUCCUGCCCCAAGCAGCCCCAGCGUACGGCGCAGCAGGUGGUCGCACAAGUUCUGGGAGAGGAGGACGAGACGCAGGAUCGGGCAGAGCGAGAGAGAAGUACACUGGAGGACUCUGGCAGUCUGGAGAGCAGCAUGGUCGGGGUGGAUCGUAAAACAGUAAAGAGGCUGCUGGAGCUUCUGUGUGAUGAGAUGGGCUUUCUAAUAGAGAGUAAGUUACUCAAGCUACUCUCUUCCAUGGAGAAGAAUGAACAGACUUCUCUGAAGCUGGAUUCCAUAUUUUCUGCCUUGGGGAUUGAGAAUGAAGAGGAUAUAAACAAAAUGACCAAGUUCUUUCUGAAAUACAAACAGGAACAAACAGAGAAGGAGAACAUUUCAGUGAAUAACCAGGCAGAGAAGGACUCCAAUCUUAUCCACCCAAAUGAACUACUGAGAGCUCUCCGAGCCUUCACUGCACAGUACUGCAAAGCCAGAGAAAUCCCUCAACAUAAGAGCAGUGCUCUAGUGCUGGAGAGGAUGAACGACUCUGAGGUCGAAGCAUACUGGAAGAACAUAGCUAGCGUCAUCCCUGAGUCCAAACUUAAAGUCUGGAGGGCGCUUGAAGCAGGUCUCAAGAAGUACCAUACUGAGCUGACUAAGAGAUCCAAGCUUCUGACUGAAACACAGCAACUCAAACAACAAAACUCAGAGCUCCGCAUGCUCUUGCACAAAUAUCAAAACUCAAAGGUCAAUGCUGAACUGAUGAUCCCGCCCACCCAGAUGAUGCAGUGAUGAUGCAGUGAUGAGCUUGCCGCUCCAUCGUCAGAUCAAAUUAACUCUUUACAUUACAAAUACAUUAUGAUUAUAUACAGUAUUACAAUAAGUUUAGAUAAAUACUUAUGUUAGCUUAAAUUUUAACAUUGUAUUGUCAUCGGAAACAAUGGCAGACUAUAAUAAAAUAUAUUACUGAGUGAGCAACAUUUAUUAAUUUAUGGAUUUUUAUUUACAUAUGGCUGCAUUUAUUUAGUAAUUACGAACAGUUAUUUUUUACUUGUACAUUGUGCAGCAAAUCAGUAGCACCUACCGUCAAUAAACCAAUGCCAAAAUACAGAAAUAAAUAAAUAAGAAAAUAAAUACUGAGAGUAAGAAUUAAAGAAAAUCAGUAAUCUCGUACUUUGAGGUCAUUUGAAUCUGUCCUUCCUGUAGUUCCUAAAUCUACUGUUCCUUGUGGCAGGUCGUUUGGUGUCAUGGCUCCCAAGACAUAGAGUUCUUACCCCCAGAAUCUGUUUGACAUCCUUCACUGUUCAAUUCUCAACUAAAAACCAUGUCUACUCCCAGUGUUAUUCCUACAUCCUACAUGUCUGACCUCGUUCUCUUUUCAGUGUUGUAUCAUAUGCUAUGGUGAUAGUAUUGUUGUAUUACUAUCAUCCAGCCAUUUAAUAUUUUCCAUGUUAUAUGUUUACAGAUCCCUACAGUAAAGAAGCCUUAGGUGUUAUCGUCAUUUAAAGCUAUUAAUCCACAAUAGCAUAAGAUGUUUAUGACUAUAAACAUUUUGAUGGAAUAACUGACAUGACGUGUAUUGAAUUUUCUGGACUAGAACUGCAUUUUGGGAUGAAUAAUGAAAAUGUUGUACUGAUCUACACAUGCAUGCAGCAGAGGGAGACAUUUCCUCUCAUGUUCAUUAAUUCAUUUGUCUUCAGUAACCACUUUAUCCUGGUCAGGUUUUUCCCAUCUUCAGUCUAUCCAGUUUCAGUGAGCCUGUGCCCACUGAAGCUUCAGAGUCCUGUUCUUGUUCAGAACCCAGUGUAGUUCUCUGCUGUUGUAGCCCACCUGCCUGAAGGUUCAGCACAUUGAGCUUUGAGAUGCUUUUCUGCUCACCACAGUUGUAAAGAGUGGUCUUUGAAAUUACCGUAGCCAUCCUAUCAGCUCAAACCAGUCUUGCCAUUCUCCUCUGACCUCUCUUCAACUAGGUGUUUCCACCUGCGGAAUCACUGGAUGUUUUUUCACCAUUCUGUGUAAACACUACAGAUGGUCAAGUGUAAAAAUCCCAGGAGAUCAGUAGUUUCUAAAGUACUUAAACCAGCCAUUCUGGCACCAACAAAGUUAUUGAGAUCACAUUUAUUUCUCAAUUCUGAUGUUUGAUGCAAACCUUAACUGAAGCUCUUGGCCUGUGUCGGCAUAAUAUUAUGCAUUGCACUGCUGCCACAUGAUUUGCUGAUUGGUUAAUUGCAAGAAUGAGCAGGUGUACCUAAUAAAGUGGCCCCUUUAUUGUGUGUCUCCAACAUCAAAGAUGUUACCAUUACAUAUAAAGCUAAUGGACUGUAACAUAUAUUAUCAUUACAUUCUGACAUACUAUGAGGUUAAAACAUG